GUGUGAACUCGAGUAUUUGUUGCAUGCGGGUCACAUGAUUGGCUACUUCUUGUGUGCUGCACAUACCAAUCUGAACUCUUUCAUCCUCCAACCUACACCUAAGCCAUGGGACACCUCGACCCAUCCGGAAUCCCGCCGGCGAGGAAAGCCGAGCUGGAUCGAUUUGUUUCUGGCCUUUCGCCCUGGGAAAUUCUGCACCUCCGAAACUUGGUACAAGGCAGGCAAAUCCAACUUGCCGGUUUGGAAGACGUACCCCCAGAAAUCGUCUGCUACCUGAUCGCUCACCUGGACUUGGAGGACAUCAUCGCCUGUCGGUCGGUGUCCAAAGGAUGGGCAAGGGCUUGGUCGCAUGAUGCGGUUCUUACGUCACUCUGCAGGCGCUUCGCACCCGGCGUCUGUGAAACGUUUCCAAGUGCAACAUCACGGCAAUUAUUUGUCGAAGCGAUGAGGAGAAAGAAAAAGCGCCAGAUGGCCCGCUUCUUCGACAAGAAGAUGAUUCUAUGGGAUUCUGCUUGGGACACUGACGUGUUCAAGAAUGUAGUUCGACCUCACUCAAUCAACCGCCGAGGUCCUGAAUUCGUGAGAGGCAACUUCACUCUGUGUUACGCUGAUAGCAAGAUGACGUGGCAACAUGGCCGAGACAUCAUCAUAGUUGACGACCUUUUCGAAAAGACGCGGUUUCGUUUUGCUUGGAGGAAUCCGAAGAAUCCAUUGGCAACACGUCAAUCCAUACUGCUAGCAGCCAGCAACAAGCUCAUCGUCUUCCAAGAUCCAGUCUCACAAGAUCAUCGCCACGUAAUAUAUAUCACGCACAUGGAGAAGCAGGGAGAAGUCAAAGCCCUUUACCUACCCGGGGUCGCGAAUCAUUGCUAUGUCGAAGGCGAAUUCCUAGGUGUUGUGACUGCCGCUGGCGUGAUCAUUGUUUGGACCUGGGAGGGCAAAGCAACCGAGCUGGAUCUUGGUGGUGUAGAAACUCCAACCAGCCUGCAGAGUUGGUCUUUACCAGUCCUUCUCCCUCACCCGACCCAGCACAACAUCGUGUUUGCCGUUUGGCCGUACGAGCAUAACCAACCAGACAAACGACUUUUUACAUUUGUGGUUGCCAAGUUUGAGGACGCGCGCCUAGUCUGGCAAUCCAGUACUUCCAUCGCAAACCCCCUCACGAAUCCGGACGAUGCCUGUGGGAAGAAUACUAGCUGGAUCCGGAUGGAAUUCAAUCCUCAAAAGGCGGAUAAUUUUGGAUCCUAUUCGUUGGGCAUCUACCGCCUCCAAGGGAAGUUCCAUGGAGUUGCCGAGUUCUGCACCUGUCACGCAGAUCCGUGGAGACCUGGAGACUGGGGGGCCAUCGCCUUCAACGUCCUGAGUCAGACGUUUUCUCGACACUACUACGAAUGUCCCAGGAAAAAGAUUGUCUGGGACACAGAAAACCAAUACGGAAGCCGCGCUCGCCCGACGGUCGAGUCAUUCUUGGAGAAUGCACACCUAUGGAACCAGGACCUUCUACUGACGUGGCGCAGUGACUAUGAAAUGGGUAUGCAGAUCCUCCAUCCAGUAGGGAGCGUCCUGUCAAGAAGACACCAGCAUCCACUAUUCCAGUCGAUGCAGACCGCCAGCCCAGCAGGAUCCGAGGUGGCAGACAUUACAUACGACGAAUAUCCGGCGCGACAGUUGUUCCAAAGCGACGGUUGGGUUUUCGUGCCGACAUCCACGGGGUUAUGGGCCUGCGAACUCUCCGAGAUCCCGGUUGCCCACACAGAAACACCGAGGCCGAGGUCGGAUCGAGUAGCGCCUCGCCCCUCACGGGAUGGUGACUCCCAACGUCUAGUACGGUUGACACAUGGCAUGGGAGGCACGUGAUGGUCCGCUUCGGCUUAGCGCGACUGCCGUCAUGACGUGGGUCCAUGGCGCUCAAGUGACUGCAUGAGGUGCAGUAGGGGCCGUUAUCCUGCGGCGAGAGUCAUUCUCCCAUCUUCAACAGCCUCCGCAACACGAUGCCGACGUCUGCCAACGAGCGCGAGCCUCUUGCUCGGCGCGA